AUGCCGCUGAAUGCUAUCUGGACGUAUACAGCUUUUGUGACCGAAGAUAAGUUGCCCUGGCAACUGAUCACGCUCGGUGUGAUUACACUUAUCAACUUUCUGGUGACGAUUACGCUCGUAGUUCGAUGGGGAAUCAAGGACGCGCGCUUGAGCCAUGAAAUGUGCGAACAGGAUCAAAGGCCUUUGGUCCCCUACUCGAUCGAUCUGGUUCGAGGGAUCGUCUACAUCCCCGCUGCAAUCUCGUCGGUGGCCUUCGUGGUCAUGCUGCGACCAGCCACUGCCUAUACCCUUGAGCUUUGCAUGGCAAUCCUUUCGUGCGUAGUGGUUGGAAACAUGACCAGAUACUUUCUGGUGAUUUUGGGGGAGCCUCCACUUCCAGCAGAGUUGCUCAACAGGGUCCCGAAGAGACGCUGGUGGUGUGGAACUCCAUGCGGCGGCGUGAAUGACACAUUGCCAGGAGUGGGUCUCAUGUGGAGCAAGCAGCCGCACCGAGUCACCAUGAAGGACAUCUUCCGGUCGAACUGCAUGAUUCGGAUUUUCAUAGUGGUGUUCAUCCUUGUCAACAGCAUGCAGCUUUCUCUCAGCAUGUUCCCCGGGUCCGUCGAGAUGGACCAAAAUGGCUGGUGCACUUCAAACUCUCCAUUGACGACACCGGGGCUCAAUGGUGCCCUUAUCUUCUUCUCCGUCUGGAGCUCCUUUGUCGGCAUGGCCGGCUUUGGCGUGGUUUCUGGCUCCAUCAGCUCUGUCCUUGACCUUCAACUCCGAAAAGAGGACGAGAUGGGCGAGGAGGCGGACGACACCCUGAUUCGCUUCUUCCGUGUGGCCUCGCAGUCCAAGACGGUGGCGGUUUACAUGCUUCUGCCACUGCUGCUGCCAAUCUUAUCUUGCUUUCCUAUGGGUACCAAGGAGGUCUUGCUGCCUGUGCAAGGCAUCACAGUUAUAAACUAUCAGAUGCGAAUCCAGAAGGAGACCACGCUCAUGUGUCCUGUGUAUGAUCGAGAAGUUUGUGCACAUACCCUCUAUUCCAUGUUCGUGUCUUUGGGGAUGACUUUUGUAUCCAUCAGGAACUACCGCAUCUUUCGGCCAGCAGACAUCUCCAGCGAAAGGCUUUUGGAAGUCCUGGCAAGGUUGAAUCCUAUCGAGGAGACGCCUUCAGGCGAGGACUUGGAGUCGGACGGGACAUCGGAGUCAGCACGAGAAUGA